AGCCGUUUUGGUUGGAACGAACCCAUCUUUCUCGAGCUGCCAAUCUGCCGCCACUAUGUCCCUCGCAGCCAGCGUCGAGACCCGAUCGAGGUGCUGCCGGAGAUUCCGAUCACGGAAUGGCCAGAGAUCCAGGUUGAUAGAGGCAUCAAGCGAUCCACCGCAGUGCCUUCAUUCUGCGCUGUUGCCGGGCGGCCGUCCGACGCGUGCGACAAGGGGUUGGUAUCAUGUUCCGCUCAGUGGAGGCCACCGCCGCGGCUGGCGAGCGGGCCCGGCCGCUGACACCGCAGAGCGCGCCCCAGCUGCCCCGGGCUCUCGGUGGGUGCUCCUCGAGCCCGCCCCCCUGCACGGUGUCAGGUUGUCCGAGCUUGACGCACUGCGGGCGCCACGCGGACGAUAACAAAAAGGGGCACAGUACGAGGUGUGUACGGCCAGGGUGUGAUUUGCCUUCGUGCGACGGACAGCCUGGUCAGUUUUGCUCCAUCAGGUGCGAAUCCAACGGCCGCAGUACCAUUCUGAUGACAGAUCCAAGAUGCAUCAGCGGUGGAGAUGUUCGGGAGCAUGUUCCUCUCAUUGCGUUCUAUUACCCAGGUCGCCCACUUGCGUGGGAUAGCAUCUGCGACUCGAGCUUCCUCGGGAAUUUCUACCCUGGUUCUAUCACACUUGCACCUCCGACUUUCAGUACUCAUCGGAAGUAUCAAUUUGGCAACGCGGAGGCAGCUUUUCAAGCCUUGAAGCAUUGGAAGCGUGCUGCUGAGUUUGAAACUGCCACUGCCGAAGAAGCUUUCCGCCUGAAGAGGAGAUACCAAAGCGAAGCCGAUCUGACCUACAGUGGUUACGGUAGCAAUUGGAAUGCCAUGCUGGCCGUUUUGAAGAUUAAGUUCGCUCGUGGAUCAAGGCUUGCGGAUGACCUCCGUAAUACCAAUGACGCGUUCUUGCUGGAGCACAACCCAGUGAGCGGCCGCGAUAACAUCUGGUCCGACAACAGUGAUGGCAGUGGUACGAAUUGGUUGGGACUUCAGCUAAUGUUGGUCAGAGACGACCUGCGCUCUGGACAUGUACAGGACAAGUCGGAGCGCAGCUGGUCAGUUUGGAUUGGUGAUUCUGUGGGCAUCGAGACGGGGAAGCAACGGGACGGCCGGUGGCAGGCUGCCGUUCGGAGAGCUGUUGAAUGUCUUGAAGAUGCGAUGCGGAGCACCAAAGCCGCCUAAGAUGCCCAUCGCCGAGUGGUUUCCCAUGUGGAAGCGUUCAUUUCGGCCAGCGCAGGACUCGAAGAGGAUGUCAGUGAAGUUACGCAGUGGUAUUGUGAUC